UUCCUAGCAUGGCGGCUUUUCAAUACCGGAGGGGCGGGGAAUGAGGCGGACGUGAAGCUGGGACUCCUUGACAGGAGCGCGAAGGAGGUGCCGGCCUCGUCUGUCAGGUUCCAGGGGUCGGUCUGCUCGCAAGAUGAUUCCCACGGAGGAGGCGUCCGCUCGGAGGAAGGAAAUAGAAGAGAAGCUCAAGCAGGAAGAAGAAACAUUGUCUUUCAUCAGAGAGAGUUUAGAAAAAAGUGAUCAGCUCACAAAAAAUAUGGUUUCAAUUCUUUCAUCCUUUGAAAGGCGUUUGAUGAAGCUGGAGAAUUCAAUUAUCCCUGUACAUAAACAAACUGAAAAUCUUCAGCGUCUGCAAGAGAAUGUAGAGAAGACACUCUUUUGUUUGGAUCACAUUAUAAGUUACUACCAUGUGGCAAAGGACACAGAGAAGAUAAUAAGGGAAGGCCCUACAGGGAGACUGGAAGAAUAUUUAGGCUGCAUGGCUAAAAUCCAGAAGGCUGUGGAAUAUUUUCAAGAUAACAAUCCUGAUAGUCCAGAGCUCAAUAAAGUGAAAUUGCUGUUUGAGAGGGGGAAGGAAUCAUUGGAAUCUGAAUUUCGUAGCCUUAUGACCCGAAAUUCUAAACCAGUUCCACCAAUCCUUAUCCUGGAUCUCAUCACUUUGGAUGAUGACCUAAAGACCCAAGAAGAUGUGACCUUAGAACACGUUCCUGAGAGCGUCCUGCAGGACAUUGUCCGUAUUUCUGGUUGGCUGGUGGAGUAUGGAAGGAACCAUGCAGUCCAGCAACAAGAACCACAGGAACAGUUGAUAUCUUCAAGUCCAGUCUGGAGUUUUAACUGUCUGUGUGAGGAGAAGCAACCGCCUGCAGGAGUCCAGAAGGGAAGCCUAAGGAACAGAGCCAUUUCCCACACCAGCAUAGCUUCUAGGGAGAGCUUUUUAGAGCGAGCAGUCAGAGAAUUAGAACACAGCUCUAACUUCAUGAACGUUUACUACCAGAUCCGUUCCAGCCAGCUGGAUCGCUCUAUCAAGGGACUGAAGGAGCACUUUCGCAAGAGUAGUUCUUCCUCGGGCGUUCCGUACUCCCCUGCUGUUCAGAACAAAAGGAAAGACACGCCAACCAAAAAACCCAUAAAAAGGCCAGGCACGAUCCGUAAGGCUCAGAACCUUCUGAAACAAUAUUCUCAGCAAUGUCUAGAUGGGAAAAAGGGGGCCUCUAACCUCAUUCCUAUAGAAGGGAGAGAUGACAUGUUGGACAUGGAGAUUGAUGCGUACAUCCACUGUGCGAGUGCCUUCAUAAAACUGGCCCAAAGCGAGUACCAGCUACUAACUGAAAUCAUCCCGGAGCAUCACCAGAAGAAGACAUUUGAUUCCCUUAUUCAGGAGUCUUUAGACAACUUGAUGAUUGAAGGGGAUAACAUUGUUUCUGCAGCCCGGAAGGCCAUUAUACGUCAUGAUUACUCAGCUGUGCUGACUAUCUUCCCCAUCCUAAGGCACUUAAAGCAGACAAAGCCAGAAUUUGAUCAGGUUUUGCAGGGUACUGCAGCCAGCACUAAGAACAAGUUACCAAGCCUCAUAACCUCAAUGGAGACAACGGGAGCCAAGGCUCUGGAAGAUUUUGCAGAUAAUAUAAAGAACAAUCCAGAUAAAGAAUAUAAUAUGCCAAAAGAUGGGACGGUUCAUGAACUCACCAGCAAUGCCAUUCUCUUCCUGCAGCAAUUGCUGGAUUUUCAAGAGACUGCAGGCGCCAUGCUGGCCUCCCAAGAGACUAGCUCUUCAGCCAGUAGCUACAGUUCAGAGUUCAGUAGACGGCUACUGAGCACCUACAUCUGCAAAGUUUUGGGCAACUUACAACUAAACCUUCUCAGUAAAUCCAAAGUUUAUGAGGACCCAGCAUUAAGUGCCAUCUUCCUGCUUAACAACUACAAUUACAUUCUCAAGUCCCUUGAAAAGUCUGAACUAAUCCAGUUGGUCGCUGUGACACAGAAGACAGCAGAAAGAUCUUACAGGGAACACAUUGAGCAGCAGAUUCUGACAUACCAGCGCAGCUGGUUAAAAGUAACAGAUUAUAUCUCGGAUAAAAACUUACCCGUCUUCCAACCUGGAGUCAAGCUCAAAGACAAGGAGAGGCAAGUGAUCAAGGAGCGUUUCAAGGGUUUUAAUGAUGGCCUGGAGGAGCUGUGUAAAAUCCAGAAGGCGUGGGCCAUCCCUGACAUGGAACAGAGGGACAAUAUUCGGCAGGCCCAGAAAAGCAUUGUGGAAGAGACCUAUGCCGCCUUCCUCAGCAGGUAUGGUAGUGUACCCUUUACUAAGAAUCCUGAAAAAUACAUUAAAUACCGAGUUGAGCAAGUGGGUGAGAUGAUUGAAAAGCUCUUUGACACAUCAGCCUGAUCUUCUCGCCUGCAUAUUGAUGGUUUCCUAGUCCUCUUUUCCAGACUCUUGUGAAAGCCAUGGGUUAAACUUGUAUUUAUGAAAUGUAUAAACUUCUAAGAACAGAA